UUCUGCUUCUAUACUGCUGUUCAGGCUCCAUACAGAGAAGGCGAUAUUAUGUUGGGCGGACUUUUCAAUGUGCACCAGCCGGCAGACCAGCCAGGGAGCCAAUGCGGAGAGAUACAUUUGAAAGGACUUGGUCACAUGCAGGCCAUGAUCUUCGCAAUCGAACGAAUAAACAACGACACAAGUCUUCUUUCAAAUAUUUCCCUAGGAUAUGACAUAAGGGAUUACUGUGGAAACCUCUCAAAAGCUGCAGGACUUGUUUACAAACUUUUCACUGUUGAUUCUUGCGUCAAUUUAAGCCAAAAUGCUACAAGAAAGAAAGCCAUCAUUUCGUUAAUAGGCCCGUACGAAUCUAGCACAGCGCUAUUCAUCGGUGGAUUUCUUCGAAUGCUCAAUGUUUCGAGCAUAAGUGGAUCAGCUACUAGUGCUGAACUUAGCUCCCUUACCUAUGACCAUUUCUUUCGAACAGUGCCUUCGGAUACUUUUCUUGCAAAGGCGAUGGUUGACUUGGUUACACACUUCAAUUGGAGUUAUGUUGCUGUCGUUGGACUAGAUGAUUCGUAUGGACGAAAUGGAGCAUGGGCAGUAGUUAGCGAAAGUAGGUCAAGAAAAAACUCGUUCUGUAUUGCUUUGACGGAGUUUAUACGCCACGAAAGUCUGAAUCUAAGUAUUUCGAACAUAGUUAGAAAGCUUAAACAGAUGGACAAUGUCAAAGUUGUGAUCUUAUGGUUAUACAAAAAUUACUUAACAAAGUUUUUGGCAGAGAUUCAAAGACAAAACCUAACUGGACGUGUGUGGAUUUUGAGCAAUGCUCCUUCAACUUCCACACUGCCAGUAGAAGGUAUUCUCGAGAACUCUUUGGGAUUUCUAUUCCAUGAAUUCAGCGACUCUGUCUUCAAGGAAUAUUCAAAUGAUAUAUUGGUCAAGGAGAGAGACAAUAGAAGUUUUUCUGAAUGGAACUACAGUACAAGCGAAAUAUGGAAGCUUUUGAAGAGCAAGAAGUGUGUUCAUCGCCAAAUUGAGCAGUGCUCUAACAACUUGAUUAAAGAAAUCUACAGCUCCUUUGUUCCGUACAUCAUCGACGCCGUAUAUGCCGUGGCACAUGCGGUAGAUAUUUUCAAUCGAAACUUUAGCAAUAACGAGACCAAAGAUCGGGCGAAAUUGCAGAUAGCCAAUAGUUUUGAGGUGCAGAAGCUUUUUGGCAGAGUAAAUUUUGACGGACUGACUGGAAAAAUCAAGUUCGAUCGAUUUGGUAACAGGGGUUUAGCGUAUUACGACAUUUUCAGCUUUAAAAAAGUACCCAAUGGAGAUGUGGAGAGUGUAAAAAUGGUGCUGAUAGGAGAAUGGAAAAAUUCAAAGAGGAACGAAACUCCCUUGAUAUUUCAUGAAGCCCUGAGUUGGACGACUACUUCCGGUCGCCCUCCGAAAUCUGACUGCUCGGAACAGUGUCCUCCCGGAACAAGGAAAUCUUUUACCUCACCUUGUUGUUGGCAGUGCCUUCCGUGUCUUGGUGGAACCAUCAGCCCAUCUGCUGGUUCUAAAAGCUGCAGUGAAUGCCCCAUCGGAACAAUGUCCAACCAGGCUAAGACAGAGUGUGUCGCUUUACCCUCCGUCAACAUAAGUUAUGGUAGUGCGAGUGGAAUUUUAAUUCUUUCCUUUGCUACACUCGGUGUAGUUGUUACAUUGCUUUGUCUGGCAGCCCUCUAUAAAUUCUGGAAUAGUCCCAUUGUCAAGGCUUCCAAUCGAGAACUAAGCGUUGUUCUUUUACUCGCAAUUCUGUCCUUAUUGUCUUUGGCAUUUAUAAAUGUCUUUAUAUCCACGAGUGUAAUUUGCAAGAUCAUAUACCCGUUACGUUAUCUGACCUAUAACUUCUGUCUCUCCAUCUUAUUGGUUAAGAUAUUGCUUAUUUCCAGUGCUUUUCAGGUUCCCAUUAUCACCAGUUUGGAAUUCGCUUCUCUUUCUAACAAAGCACAAGUUCGGAUUGUUAUAGCAUCUCUAGUUCCACUGUUGUCGGUGUUGAUGCCAUGGUUGCUUCUGGAUCCACCCUUUAACAUGCAACAUACCUAUCCGAAACGUUACACCUUUGACGAAUGCAAGGCAUACUCCGGCUCAGUUGGAAAAUCUCUAUUCUUGGCAACAUGCUUUUAUAUUUUCUUCUAAAUGCUUCUGUCGUCAUUCUGUGCCUUUAAGAUUAGGAAAGUUCCUGAAAAUUUCAGCGAGGCCAAACUAAUCGCCUUUUCCAUGUAUAUAUUUUUGUUCUCGUUGCUUUGUUAUCACCCGGUAGAAUUGUCCAUAGAUGGAUGGUAUGUAACUGUUGUGGAUUGUGUAACAACUCUGUUGAGCUCGUAUGGUUUCCUUUGUUGUCUAUUUUUGCCCAAAAUGUAUAUUCUGUUCUUUAGGCAGGAGAUGAACGAUGCGAAUGGCAUCAAACAAGAAGUCGCUCAGUUCUCGUUUAGUUCAGGUUGUGUACGCGUAAAUCCUGCUUUUGAUAGUUCAAAUUAGCGAGCUGAAUUGUACAAUAAGCUUUCUUAAGAUCGGUAAUUUUGUUCGAGUCUGCCAUAGACCUCUAAGAAAAUGAAAUGUGAAUCUAUUAUUGAAGAAAAUUUCAGCUUUUAAUUAGCACUGCAUUUCAAAUAUAGGCUUCAAACCAUAAAAACACUUAAAGUUGCCAUGGAUUGUUUCUUUUUAUGUUUUAGGAUGGCUUAGUUAUCGGGAAGUUUAUAUUUACUUCCUUGAUGGCAAGGAAGGAAACAUUAUUCAAGAAAACAAAUGGCUUCGAAAGCGUGGAAUAUUAAACUGACAUUUUGCAUUUUUCAUUUGCAUUUUUAAUCUUCCCUCAUGGUUGAAUAUUUCUUUGCCAUCUGAGCUUGGAUUGGACAUUAAGCCUAUUCUUUGUUAUCCCUAUUCAUGGACUCCUUUCCACAUAUUAGCCCUGCCCUUAAACAAGGCAAAGAGUCCUUUUAUAUCCUCGUCCAUCCAUUUCCUUUCCUAUUUCGGAACUGGAAGCAAAGAGCAUUUAUGACCUGAGGCAAAAGCCUUGUCUUUUUUCUUAGCAGCAAAAACGUAUUUCCGCAACAUAUGCUUCUUGCAUGGCUAAUUAGGAAACACUUUGUCUCCGCAAUGAUGUUUCCAAGUUUAGCCAAGCCUUUAGGCAGAUGCUUAGAUAAUUAAACUGCAUGAGAUGAGAGUGAUCUUCGCUGCUAUGAACACUAGCUACUUAAGCAGUAACGAAAAUAAAGUCUGGAAAAAAAAAAAGGAAGACUUUUUGUGCAUGAUUUGAGAAGCAGAUGAAGGAUGCGAAUAGCAUCAGACAAGAAGUCACUCAGUUCUCGUUUAGUUCAUUCAAUUUGUUUACGCAUAAACCCUGCUUUUGAUAGUUCUAAUCAGAAAGCCGAAUCUUACAAUUAGCUUUCUUAAAAUAAUUGUGUUAUUUUAAGUGUGUGAAAGACUUCUACAUGCACGUAAAUAAAAAAAAUGGAACCUAUGAAGGAGGAAAAUUCAUGUUAUUAACUGACACUGUAUUGCAAAUAUGUUUAUUACUUGACUUUUGAUAAAAAUCAUCAGGAAAUACUAGUAUGGAUCGUCCCUUUUUAUGCUUGCAGAAUGGCUUAUUUAAUAGGAAGUUUUGCUUCCCCGAUGGCUAAGAAAGAAGCAUUGCAGUUGCGGAAGACAAAUGGCCGGUGUGCGCUGAAUAAUAGAGUGACUGAUUUGCAUUUUUCAAGCCGUUUGUCAUUUUUGUGUGUGAAUAUUUAAUUACUUUAGCGCAACUUGCCAAAUAUAGAUCAGGCGACUAGUUAUUUAAAAAUCGAGAAGUUCGUUACGCAACUUACAUUUCAAAAGUGUCACCACCGAUCGUACAUCGAAGCUUACUAGCCGCAUAUGGAAUACAAAUUGUAAGUAUAAUAUUUGCCCGUCGCUUCAACUGAAAUUGACAUGUGUAAUAACCUUCUUUGUAAUAUUAGUUUAUUUUUCAGUUGACUACUUCUGUUACGAGUGCAAAAUAAAUUCCAUGUGCGCGAAAAUCAGUUCAACUGAAAAUAAAAAUCUACUUCAAAUUAAAGUAGCCAAUUCAAUCAAAGGAGCGAAUCAGUGACUCUUUGUAUUUUUAAUCUUCCUCUAUGACAACAUACACAGGAAGUCUUCAGAAACUGCGUUAGAAAAUUCCUCUUCUCUCAUAGAAGCUAAGAAGUAACUAUCUCCUUAUUCAAUUUGCCAGUUUUUACGCCUGACGGCUAAAUUUUUGGCCGUUUUACGACUAACGGGUGACCCAAUUGAGACCCUCUUGGUAAGAAGGUUCGUUUGAAUUAAUAUGCAAGUUAUUGUCAAGUUCAGAAAGAGAAGUUCUACUCAUUUGGAGUGGUAUUUACAUUUGAAAAUUUUUAAAGCGUGAUUAUCUGUAAAAAAUUGCGUUGUAAUAGGCUAGUUUCGAAUUGUCUGUGCAAGAUAGUCUGGUAACUAAUUAUCAGCACCAAGCCGAGGCAGAGGGGAAUAUGCGCUUAUUUUGAAAUUAAAGCAAGAUCGGAGUAACUGUAAGUCGAAUAUGAAGUUUUGUGUCAUCCCUGUGCGCAAAAAUAACUCUAAACAAGGCCGGACCUCAACUUUUUCUAGUUUCCAGGCGAAGAGAGACUAAGAAAGAAAUGGAGUGCCUUCGGUCGUCGCGCUGAUAAGGAGUUCACGUCCAUCAAGAACUUGCAUGUAUGCUCCAAACACUACGAGACUAAACAAAUCCUGAAGACACUUUCUGGAAUUAAAAGGCCAGCACGUGGCACGGUUCCAACAAUAUUUAAUCAGCAUACAGUCCGAAGAAGUCCAAAUCAACGCGAAAAAGGUCUAAUGAGGGGAGAAAACAAGACGCUAGCGAUGACAGCAUAGAUGAACUUGCCACCAAAAUUUUCUGCGUUUCUACUGAUAUUUCUCUGAAAGACCACGACUACUUCCUUAAGGAAAACAAAGUUCAAAGUGACUUUUUCUUGUCAAACAGACAUUGACCUUCAACAAGUGGAUGAUAUGAAAAAAGUGCUGCUAACAAAGCAAUUCGAAACGAAUUUAAUAACAAGCCAGUAUUGAAACGGAAACUUUUCAUGGAUGAUGUACUGAAAAAUGAUGAAUUGAUGAAAUUCUUCACGGCAUUUCCAACUUUGGCCAGUAUAAUGCCAUCAUCAAUUAUGCCGUGGUACUUCAGGUCAUCCGCAUGCCCGUCAGUAAACAAGCGAGAACCCUCAAGACUUUUAUACGACCGUAAACAGUCUUCAUCGUAGCCAUCUUUUCCAACCAGACAAUGGUUAACAUCGGGAAACCUGAGGUCUGGAAUACCGGUGAAGUCAUGAGUCCAAAACUUAAGCGAAAGUGGAUGGGGAAGUAAUUUUCCUCCUGCCAAUGUUAUCUCGGAAUUUAUCAACUCGUCGCGUUGCACUGUUUCCUUUUCAAGUUUUGGGCCUACUAUUUCAGCCGCGUUCUUGCAAAGCGCAACAGUUCUGCCCCUUGCCUACUUUUACCGUUUACAGAAAUAUGAAUAUCCCUUUCCUUUAAAAAUUUCCGUAGCUCUGGAACUUUCAUAUUUGUGAAGGCACCAUUUGCUGCCAUGUUGAGACGACUCUUAUUCCCCUCAGUCUCGACUUGAUGCUAAAAACUAGUUAGCAGACUUUCUCGCACAAACAGUUCGAAAACUAGGCUAUUGAAGAAGUACGUUUUAUAGAGAUACAUUAUCUUUUUUCUCUUUAUUCGCCACGCAACAGCUCCAUUUAACAACUGCGUCAAACUGUUAGGCUAGAAAAGCAAACAAAGCCAUGAUUCUGUUUUUCUUUCGCUCUUUCCAAUAUGGUGACUUGAAAAUUGAGAGAGAGAUAGAGAAAAAAAAAACAAGAGAAAAUGAAAAAUUAAGAGCGAUGAUUUUAAUUUGUUUGCCAUAAAGCUUGCAUUACAAAGUCCGAGAUCGUUUUAAAUUCAAACACUCCCAACAUAUGGUCACCAUGAAUUUAAAGUUUAUGAAUUAGUCCAGCGAGCUAGAAGCUCACAAGUGAUAACAAUUGGCUGCUGUUUAUAGCGUAAAAUUUGAUUUUGAAUUGAAAUUAACAUAAAAAGUUACUGAUCACCACCAUAUCCGCAAAAAACACCUACGUACAAAUAAUUAAUGUCUAUCCGCUGGAUUCACCAACAAGUAAGGGGAGAAAAGACGAGUAUUCCUAUGAGUUCGUUGCACUACCAGUUGUUUCUUUUCUUGUGCUUCUAUGUUGCUGUUCAGGCUCCAUACAGAGAUGGCGAUGUCGUGUUGCGAGGACUUUUCAGCGUGCACCAGCAGCCGGACCACUUAGGGAGCCGAUGUAGAGAGAUACAUUUGAGAGGACUUGGUCGCAUGCAGGCCAUGAUCUUCGCAAUCGAACGAAUAAUUAAUAACACAAGUCUUCUUUCUAACAUUUCCCUUAGAUAUGACAUAAGGGAUUAUAGUGGAAACCUCUCAAAAGCUGCAAAACUUGUUUACAAACUUCUGACCGUUGAUUCCUGUGUCAAUUUAAGCCAAAAUGCCCUAAGAAAGAAAGUUAUCAUUUCUUUAAUAGGCCCAGACGAAUCUAGCACAGCUCUACUCAUCGGUGGAUUUCUUCGGAUGCUCAAUGUUUCGAGCAUAAGUGGAUCAGCUACUAGUGCUGAACUUAGCUCCCUUACCUAUAAACAUUUAUAUCGAACAGUGCCCUCGGACGAGUUUCUUGCAAAAGUAAUGGUUGACUUGGUUACACACUUCAAUUGGAGUUAUGUUGCUGUCGUUGCAUUAUAUGAUUCGUAUGGAGCAUGGGCAGUAGUUAGCGAAAGUACAUCAAAAAAGAAACUCGUUCUGUACUGCUUUGACGGAGUUUGUACGCCUCGAAAGUCAGCAUCUGAGUAUUCGAAACUUAGUUAG